AUGGGAAAUGUCAUAAUUCAAUAUUUACUCUGUGGGUCCUUGAUAUUUGGGAUCUGGACAACUCUGUUAUGUAUGUAUUUUUACCGCGAUCAUGAGCGCAAUGAGCAGAAGGAAACCCAGGGUCCCACGUCGAUUUGGUCCCUUGAUAAAAAAUCGCCAUGGCAAACUAUCUACGGCUCUGGGCAAAUACCAGGGCAACCUGUAGGAGAGGAGAGACCCAGCGAAGAGGAAGCUAAAGAGCAGAAGCCCCUUUUAAAAGCAGAUAAGAAUAUUAACAUUAUGGAUCCAGAACUUCUUCAUGGCUUUAUAAACUAUGGAUUUAAUACCAUUGUCAGUAAAAGCUUGGGCCAAGAGAGGCGUGUGCCAGAUACCAGGAAUAAAAUGUGCCUUAAAAAACAUUACCUGACCAACCUACCUACUGCCAGCAUUGUCAUUUGUUUCCACAAUGAGGAAUUUAACGCCUUGUUGCGGACACUGUCCAGUGUCAUGAACCUCACUCCACCCCAACUCCUUGAAGAAAUUAUUUUGGUAGAUGACAUGAGCGAAUUUGAUGAUUUGAAAGAAAAACUAGACCAUUACCUGGAACUGUUUCGGGGCAAAGUUAAGCUAAUAAGGAACGCAAAGAGGCUGGGGCUGGUUCAGGCGCGGCUGACAGGCGCCGUGCGGGCGGCAGGGGACGUGCUGGUGUUCCUGGACAGCCACUGCGAGGUGAACAACAUGUGGCUGCAGCCCCUGCUGGAUGCUAUCGCCAAGGACCGCAGGACGGUGGUGUGUCCUAUCACCGAUGUCAUUGACCACGUGACCUUGGAAUACAAGCCCUCCCCUGUUGUAAGAGGAGCUUUCAACUGGAAUCUACAGUUUAAGUGGGAUAAUGUUCUCUCGUAUGAGAUGGGUGGACCAGAAGGACCCACUAGACCCAUCCGGUCCCCUGCCAUGGCGGGAGGGAUUUUUGCUAUAAAUCGGCAUUAUUUUAACGAGAUUGGACAGUAUGACAAGGACAUGAAACUCUGGGGCGGAGAAAAUUUGGAACUUUCACUGAGGAUCUGGAUGUGUGGAGGCCAGCUGUUUAUACUGCCCUGCUCCCGGGUAGGACACAUCGUGAAGCAGACCACCCAAAACCGCACCGAAGUUUUCAAAGCCAUGAUGCACAACAAUCUCAGGCUGGUGCAUGUUUGGCUGGAUGAGUACAAGGAACAGUUUUUUUUGCGAAGGCCUGGCCUGAAGCGCAUUCCCUAUGGAAACAUCAGCGAGCGCGUGGAGCUAAGGAAACGUCUGGGCUGCAAGCCGUUUCAGUGGUAUUUGGAUACUGUCUUCCCAGAACUGGAGGCCUCGAGGGACAGCCAAUGA